AUCGGAUUAUUUAUCGUAACAACGUAACGCGCUGUCGUUCCGUCGUCCGUCCGUAAGGCCGCGCCAUUCGUUAGCGAACCGUUCAGUGAAGUGGAUGCCCCCAUAUCUCGGCACAGGGCCUAACUACGCGGUGGUCGUCGUGGUGUGCUUACUUGGGUUGGUCGUCGUACGAUUGGGUGGCCGUUCUGUUGGUGCGUUUAUGUUUUUGUUUCUUCGACCAGUUUCAACGUCAACAGUCAACGGACCAGCGAGUUGACUUACAGCAAGCCUUCGCAAGCUAAGCUAAUUACGUGCGUUCGCAGUGUGGCGAUGUUAACGCUUGUGUACAAACAACUCUGUAGCUUCUUCGUUUCUUGGUGAAACCGAGUGAUUGAGCAGUUGAGGGUUUCAGUGACGUGCCACCAAAAAGUGUCCCCUCAGGAGUCGCUAGUCCAUGCCCGGUGCCAGAUUGUGUUUACUGAUUCCUAAAGCUCGAGCCCCAAAAUCGCUAAAAUCGCAGCGCAAGGUCCUGCACCCGGAAUUCUGAUAAGCUGUACACACGCAGGGGGCUGACCCGAACUCGAUCAUUGCUUAGACCACUUUGGCAUCUAUCACACGUGGACUCUUAAUCGCGCUAGUAAACGUCUUCAGUUCUCUCGAUUCAUACAUCGAAUAUUCUCAUCCUGAGCUACUACUACUACGACGACUACUCUAUAUAACGCUGGAUUACUAUUACAGGCUUCGAGUGUGGCUGAUCUGAUGCGAUCUAAGAACGGUGACGAAACGCUUGUGCGCGCGUUUGAUUGCAGCUUAUCAGCGGGGCCCAGCGUGCGAGUGCCUCUGUUGCUCCCCAACAAUUGUGCCGUGACCCCGCCGGCGGAUUAAAAUCCACUCACGGUCGUGAGCUCUAGCGCGUGUUUGUGUUUGUGUUGCGGCCCAUAAUCCGGCCGGUUCCGUAUGCGCUGAUACGGGAGUCACUGUUAACGGUCGCAUUCUCGGCUUGUUGUGGUGUUCGGUGUUCACAUACCGCGGUGCUUUCAGUAUGUGGAUGAUUACGGCUUUUGCCGGGUGUGUGCGGUGCUGUAAUUAGUGUGCCAUCCAGCCGAAGCGCCACGGACGACGAUCGGACGUCACUCGCGCAAAGUAACGCAACGUGUCGCACGCAAAAGUUCCGCUCGAACGUUCGAACGUCCGCCAUGCGUUAGGCGGUUCUUGCCAGCAGAAUACAACAGCUUACUUUAAGUGAACUUUAUACACCGCGAUACACGUGAGAAACGGUGAAUUAGUCGUUUCUCGACCUGCGUGUGUGUGUGUUUUUAUCGACUUGUUUACAUCGAGUGAUUCUGAGUGUCUUACGGAAGAAAAAUACGAUCGCUGGUGUGACGAUCGUACCUCAUCAUCAACAUGAUCGGCAUAAAGUAUCUCGACGAUGCCCACCUUAAGGGGUUCGAAAAGUACAAGUAUAACUGCGUCGAUACUAGUAUUCUUAGCGUUUAUGCUAUGCACCCGUUCUGGAACAAGAUCGUCCUGUUUUGUCCCCGAUGGAUCGCACCGAACCUGCUGACCUUUACCGGCUUCCUUCUGACGGUGGUGAAUUUCUUCCUAAUAGCCUAUUACGAUUACGACUUUCGAGCGGCCAGCAAAACACCCAUACCCAUACCAGACUGGGUAUGGAUCCUAGCAGCGAUCAACCUGUUUGUAGCCUACACUUUAGACGGUAUCGAUGGCAAACAGGCCCGACGAACCGGAACCAGUGGGCCACUGGGAGAGCUGUUCGAUCACGGUCUCGAUUCGUACUCGGCAGUGCUGAUACCCAUCUACAUGUUCACCAUAUUCGGUGCCGCUGAUCUGCCGCCGGUGCGUAUGUACUUCAUUACGCUGAACGUGUUCCUUAACUUUUAUCUUCCGCACGUGGAGAAGUACCUUACCGGUGUAAUGUUCCUGCCGUGGGGCUACGAUUUUGUUAUGUGGGGCGUCUCGAUAACAUUGGCGAUCACCGGAAUUUUUGGUGCCGACUUCUGGCAGAUUCCCGUGUUUGGCGUGAAGCCUUGCUACAUAUUCGAGAUGACGCUUUACGUGUCGGCCGUCAUCACUAGUCAUCCUAUUAUCAUAUACAAUGUCUACAAAUCGUACCGUGAGAAAACCGGUAAAAUGCGAUCAUUUAGUGAAGCAAUACGACCACUGGUACCGCUGAGCAGUCUAUUUAUUCUGUGCACCGCAUGGGUGCUGUGCUCCCGCAAUGGGAUAAUCGAUAUGGAACCGAGGCUGUACUUUAUCAUGUGUGGCACACUGUUCUCCAACAUUUGUUGCCGACUUAUUGUCGCUCAAAUGUCUGAUACCCGGGCAGAUCUUUGGAACGGGCUGCUCAAUCUGCUGUGUGUGGUUGCAUUUCUCACCAUUCUACCCUAUCCGGCACUUGGUUUGCCCGAGCUAAGCAUCCAGAUCGAACGCUACCUGCUGUACGCGCUGACGUUCUGUGUGACGAUCGCGCACAUUCACUACGGUGCGGGAGUGGUGCGAGAAAUGUGCCAUCAUUUCCGGAUUCGUUGUUUCAAAGUAAGAUCGGAUGCUGGUAAACGUACCGCGAAUACUAAUAACCUAGACGUUAACCGUAACGGUAGCUACCCUAACAAGCAUCAUCUUAACCAACGCCCGAACAAGUCCAAGUAGUGUGGCAAUAGUCUGUAGAGCCAGUCGCGGGUCCGUUAUGGGCAAACGUGCUAUAAUUCUAACAAGAACAUGUCGACUAGAAAAUUACCACUACCUUGUUUCGCUUGUCAAGCAGAUCGUCCCACUGGAACAGCGCAAAGCGAAACUACUAGUCCUGGUUUAGUGUGGCUGGGUGUGUGUGUGUUUGUUUCGGAAGGAAAUGUGUCGAAUGUGUUGCGUCUACACGUGUCCCGCGUGUGUAAAGUGUCCAGCUGCAGGGCGGAAGCUGUGGUGUAAAUGUUACUACCAUGCGCUAAGUAAUCUACAUACCUUAGUGUACGAUACGAUCACCCGGUAGGCGCUCUAGAUAGCAUCAUUAUAAUGGCUGCUGAUUAACACUUAGAUACUCGUCACAUGGUGCUGUGAAUUGUGUUUUGUUUAAAUGCUCCCUAGAAAAUUAACCGUAUACUAUUGCUCCAUGUAAUCCCGGCGGAUCCUUUCCCCUUUCCCCUGUAGUAGCUUUGCGUGUAUUCGUUUUUCUUUGAAGGUGAACCUGAAUGAACUAAUAACUUAUUGCGCCUUGGUUUCUUCCCAACACUCACCAUUAAAUGCUCCGUUUCCACGAAACUUUCAACCACUGAUCAAAAUACUCUAACGUUAACGCUUACCGAGGACAGAUUGCACCGCACGAUAAGCCUUUACUAAGCUACUAAACUUAACACGGUGAUCGCUCGCUGUGUCACACGCACUACAGCCAAUCCCGGAGAUCAACUAAACAGAAUGUAAAACAAAACAAAAGUAAAUCAGCAUGCCGUACAGUCAGAUGAGAAGUGUCCUCUCCACCACCCCCCACCCGGUAUCCUUUCCUCGGGAAAAAGAGUGGCUCAGAAACUCACCGGCGGCCAGCAGCAUGCGUGGUUAUCCAUCCAACAGAAUCGCAGAACCAAUAGGCGCUGUGCGCAGACUCAACACUAAACGAAUGUAUUUCUGAUCGAUCAUCACGCGUAUCCACAGAUACCGACCACUCCGUUACCGCAGACAACCCCGCCAGCGGACGAUAUGGAGGACAUCGAGCUGUGAAAGCUAGGGGUGGGGAUAAAAACCGGGCGGUUAAGCGACUUCUUGCCAGGGUGGUGCCUUGCUAUCGUAGCCAUACUUAUUGUGUAAGCUUCCGGUAAAGGAGACAGGAACCUACUUUUGUACAUAGAUACUUACCAACGAAAAAAAAAACACAAGACGCUGAACUAACGAGAAUGGUCGAUGUACAUAGUGCUGUAAUCAAUGUAAGAAAUGUGUGUCCUCUGGCAAAUAUAGAAAAAGUGAAUGAUGCUGAAA